AUUUUUGCGUGUCUGCUCAUUUCCUUCUCCCCUGCACCGAACAAGCCUUCAGCCAAGCCCAGCCACCAUCGCCUACUCCUCUUGAAAAAUUGAUCUGCUGCCUUCUUCCUCUUUUGCCGCCGGUUGCUACUGGGGUGAACUUCGGUUUUCCUGUUCCCCUCCAAGAUCCCGCCAGCCUCCUUUGCCGCCAACUCCAAUUUCUUUGCUUGCUGAAUUUUCUGGUAUGUGGCAACUCCUUUAAGUCCAAAUUUCAUUUAAUUGGUGGUUGCCUUGCUGAAUUUGGUCCUUGUGUGGCUGCUCUGCGAUUGUCCGAAUGCUGCCAAGAAAAAAAUGGAAGAUUUCGGUAGCUUUAAUUGUGUUUUAGUUAAUUCAUGUGGAAUUUGCUUAUUUUGGUUGCUGUGAGGUUAAUUGUGGGAAAAUUCUAUGAAAUUCCCAUGAAUUGGCUAUUUUUGCCUAAGCCAGUUCCUCCAUUUUGCCUAUGAGAUUUGGAAAUUAAAUAUAAAUGCACAAUAUGAUUUUUAGAGCUCAAAUUUCGGAUAGGAAGUAAAAUAAAAUAAAUAAAAUAAAUAAAAUAAAUAUUGCAUUAUGGAGGUUAAUUGCUGGCAAUAUUGAAAAAGGUUAAAUAGGUAGUUUUCACAUGGUUAUUAACUCUGGAAUAUUUUGGCUAGGUUUCUAAUUAUUCUAUCACCCUAGCUCUUGGAGUGAGCUUUUUGCUUUAUGCGAUUAAGGACUAAAUCCAUUUUAUACAAAAUGAGCAUGAUUGAUUUGAAAUAAGAUUAUUAUUCUUUUCAUUAAGUUGAGCAUACCUAUUUGAAAUUUAAUUGAUUGUCCUGAUGAUUUGAAAGUGAUUGGUGAAUUAUGUUUUUCUGUUAACUUCAGCUUGUUUUGUCUCCAAUGUGGUCAUGUUAUUAGUGGACCUGCUAGUGGCGGUUAAACGCUAGCACAUGUCGACAUGUCAGUGAUAGAGCCGGUUCAUUCGAGUGACCCUGCUAUUGGGGAUUAUACACUAGUAAAUAGUGCGCCUGCCAGUGGGUGGUUUAUAACACUGGCUGUGAUCUAUAGAGGAGACAUCUAUUUCGUUCUCGUACUGUAUCCGUUUUUCAUGAUUGCACUUGUUGGCAUGUUAUAAGUUUAAUAAGGGGCACUCCAUAUUUUACUUACUGAGUUUAUCUCAUAGUUUUCCUUAUUCACCAUUUCAGGUAGUGAGACCCAACGCAUGGGGAGCCCAAGGGAGUGACGAGCUAGACGGUUAGGCACUUUUGGACUUAGAUUUUUGUAACUAGGCCGUUAGUCACCCAUGCUUGACUUAGAAAUUUUGUGUAUAGAGCUUCUGUAGUUUUAGUCAUGAUUGUAUGUAUGAAGUUAAAAGUUUUGUACAUCUCGACUAGUAAAUAUUUGGUAAAUAAAAAGGUUUAGAUCUGAAUUGUCUGAAUUGCUAAGUAAGAACUUAGUAGGUUUUGAGUUUUGUGCAUUUGUGGGCCCCGCUCAUGAGUGCACGGCGUCUAUCUCGCUCCGGGGUUUGGGGCGUGACACUUAUAGCUAAUUCUAGUGGAAUAGAAGUUGUAAAUAUUC